AUGGCCGCCUCAUCCGCCGCCGCGCCUCUUCGAUUAUCGAUAUCCAUCACCGCCUUCUUCUUAUUAUUCGCGCUACUCUUUCCCAGUCCAAUUCUCUGUGGUCCGAUCUCUGUCACUUCCAUUAGCCCCAACUUCACGGCUUCUUACCUCGAGUUCGUGGACAGCUCCGCCCCCGGCGCGUUCCUGACUUCUCGCAACAACUCAUUCCAAGCCCGGUUAACCAACCCUAAGCCCGAAUCGGCGUCCUACUACUUCGCCGUAGUCCAUGUCAUCUCCAACACCAUCGUCUGGUCGGCCAAUCGCAACGCCCCCAUUUCGCAAUCCGGUGAGCUUCGCCUGUCUAGCCGCGGACUCUCUCUCUACAACGAUACGGGUCAAAUUUCCUGGUCAACGCCUCGUAACCUCUCGUCCGUCUCCUCUCUGCAGCUCAUGGAAUCGGGAAAUCUGGUGUUGCUCGAUUUCGCCAACAACACUUUGUGGCAGAGUUUCGAUUAUCCAACCGACGUGAUCGUGGUGGGACAGAGGUUCCCGAUUGGUAAAUCAUUGGUGUCCUCGGUGAGCGACGAGGAUCUAUCGGAAGGUAGCUAUAGACUCUCCCUAGGAGAAAAUGAUGCUAUGCUGCAGUGGAAUGGGAUUAGCUAUUGGAAGCUGUCAAUGGAGACAAAGGCUGUCAGGGACUCAUACUCUGCUGUUAAAUACAUGAUGUUAAAUUUCACCGGUGUGUACUUGAUCGGAGAUGGUGGGAUGGUGGUGUUUCAGAUCAUCCCGAGUGAGGCUUUUAAGAGCUCAUCGGAUUUUGUGAUGGUGAAGUUGGAUCCCUACGGGGUUUUGGGCAUCGUGAAGGUGGAUACUAGGGACGGCUCGAGGGAGCAAUAUUUCGAGGCCCCAGCUGAUAACUGCCGGAUCCCGUUUGUGUGCAGGAGUUGUGGUGUGUGUACUAAUGGAGGUUCGUGUCAGUGCGCACCAGGGUUUCAUCCUGAUCCUAAGAGUAUUCAUGGCGAUUGUGUACCCACGAAUCGGUCUCUGGCUUUAUCUGCAGGUCCUUGUGGCAUAUCAUCAUCGAAUGAUAUGAAGGAGAUUAAUUAUUUGGAGAUGAGAGAGGAUUUGGAUUAUUUCUCGAAUGAUUUUAUGGACCCCGUGAUGGACAACAUGAACCUUUCCGCAUGCAAAGGGUUGUGCUCCAGGAAUUGUUCCUGUUUGGGCUUCUUCUACAGUGGGAAUACCAGCUUCUGCUACAUGAUCAUGGACUACCUCGGCUCAUUUCUGAUCAAGUCCAGCUCCUCCCGGGAUGCAAACCGUCUGGGAUUUAUCAAAGCCUUGGAGGAGAGAAAUUCUGGUGGAGACUCCUCAGGGAAAAAAUCCGGUUUCCCCAUAACAGCUGUUGUCCUGCUGCCAUCGUCCGGGGUUGUGCUGAUUGCCCUGGUAGGAAUCAUAAUAUGGUUGAGAUGGAGAAGAAGAAAAAGAAGAAUUGAGAGGUGGACCAAAAGCCCAAACUCGUUGUCUGGCCGGGCCUACUCCUUGUCAUCAACGGACAGAGAUGACAUCAACUUCGUCUCCAUUCCAGGACUACCUGUCCGAUUCGACUACAAUGAGCUGGCGGUCGUGACCGAGGGCUUCAAGAACCAGAUCGGAUCGGGGGGGUUUGGCACAGUGUACAAGGGGACCCUCAGAGAUGGAACCGAGGUUGCAGUGAAGAAGAUCACGUGCUUGGGUUCGCGCGGUAACAAGGAGUUCCUGACCGAGAUUGCAGUCAUCGGGAAGAUCCACCACAUCAACCUGGUGAGGCUGAAAGGGUUCUGCGCAUACCGGGGGCAGAGAUUUCUGGUGUACGAGUUCAUGAACCGCGGGUCGCUGGACCGCACGCUAUUCGGAGGGGAGAACGCUGAGGAGCGGCUUCUCGAGUGGAGGGAGAGGUACGAGAUCGCACUCGGGACGGCCCGAGGGCUCGCGUACCUGCACACAGGAUGCGAACACAAGAUCAUCCACUGCGACGUGAAGCCUGAGAACAUCCUCCUCCACGACGCCUCCCAGGUGAAGAUAUCCGACUUUGGGCUCUCAAAACUGCUGAGCCCAGAGCAAUCUGGGCUGUUCACAACCAUGAGGGGGACGCGUGGGUACCUGGCACCAGAAUGGCUCACCAGCUCAGCCAUCUCAGAUAAAACCGACGUGUACAGCUAUGGGAUGGUGCUGCUUGAAAUAGUGAGGGGGAGGAAGAACUCGUGUGUCCAGUACACACCCACAAAUCAACGCCCGAUGUACUUCCCGCUGUUUGCUUUGGAAAUGCACGAGGAGGGACGAUACCUACAAUUGUUGGAUCCAAGGCUGGCGGGGAGGGUGAGGAUGGAAGAGGUGGAGAGGGUCGUACGGGUGGCCCUGUGCUGUGUUCACGAGGACCCAAGCCUCAGGCCCUCAAUGAGCAACGUGGUGGGGAUGUUGGAGGGGGGGAUGCCCCCAAGUGAGCCCAGGGUGGAGUCGCUUAAUUUCCUGAGGUUCUAUGGAAGGAGAUUUACAGAGACAUCAAGAGGGGAGGAGACGAAUAACGAGUUUGUUGUGUACGGCUCCACAACCUCAUAUAAUUCCCUCUCCUACAUGUCCUCGCAGCAGGUCUCAGGACCCAGAUAG